AUGGCUAUCAGUGCUGCGGCAGGAGGUGCUUUUAAGUUGGCUUCAAGUUCUGUGCAGGGGUGUGGGAAGAACAAUGAAUCGAUGACAGAAGGAGAGGAUGGGAUUUCUUCGGAUGUUCUAUUCUUGCCGUCUUAUGAGGAAGAGAAAUGUCUCUACUACGGUUACACAUGUAUAUUUUCUUUGGAAGGUCUGGUGACCCGAUAUCUGCAGAUUGACUGCGAGUGGAAAUAUUACAACCUAUCAGCACUCAGCGAGCGGCCGCCAGCGUACGCUCAGAUUAAGAUGGGCGAUCUCUUCUACACCCCCCAUGUCCGGCGGAAGAGGGACAUACAGGCUGCAGUGCACAUGUACACUAUGGCUGCUUUACAGCGAGAGCCUCAGGGUCUGUAUAAUCUGGGGAUCCUAGUAGAGGAAGGGGUCUCUCUUCCCCACUCCAUGCUACGCAAACUUGGUUUCAACAGUUCUGUCUGUGCCAGCAACUACACCAUUGUCAUGGAGCUGUACAGAAGAUGUCGGGAUCAUGAGAAGGAAGAUUCGUAUGUGCCGUGUAGCCUGGCUCUCCUGAACAUCCACCUGCAGUAUGUCUGGACAUUUCAUGGUCCCCUCCUCAAGUUUUCCAGUGUGGCCGCCAUCGCCAUUGUCACAGCGCUCAGUCUGAUGACAAUUUUUGGAAGAUGUCAAAACGCAGCGAGACGCCUUCAGCUGUCUGUAUGAUGG